UCGAUGAUAACGGUGUCAACUUUUCAAAGUCGAGGAAGAGCUCAAUAGGUGUACAGCAAAUACUUCUUGUCAGUCACUUGUUAGUCACUUCUUGUCAGAAGUUACUAUGUCUCGAUAUCUAGUAGUUUCUCUGUUUGUUAUCAUGAUUCUUGGUAUUUAUUCAAUCCAAGACUCAACUGCCGGAUCAGAAUGUCCAGAAAACCAACAAGAACACAUAUGCGGAACACUAUGCGAGCCAACCUGUAGUAAUCCACAACCGAAUCGCAAGCUUUGCCCUCGAAUCGUAUGCACUAGAGCCACUAGCGGCUGUAGGUGUGUAAAGGACACUGUUAGAGACACAAACAGUACACAAUGUGUGCCACUGGAUCAGUGUUCGCAAUAAACACACGCAUUAUUUGUAAUUGAUCCCAAAUGAUCAACUCCAUUUUUAUAUAAAGUCAUUAGCUUCACAUUAUCAAGGUAUAGAAUUAGUAUACGAUUUUUCAGAGAAGAAAUGCUGUUUUCAUAAAUGUAUAAUCUUAUAAUUUAUGAGUAGGUAGUAUAAAUAAUUCAAUUCCAAGGAGAAUAAAAUAAAAAUUUUAUGUAUUUUAAAUUAUUGAGUUGAUCAGCAUAGUUUCUGAGAGUCCAUAGAGUAGUGAGUAGAGUAACAAUUUAUAUGUGUAUACAUCAAUAAAGCAGUUCUUAAGGAA